AUGAAGCCUCUCCCAGGCCCUCCCCCUCCACACUCCAGUCCCAGCUCUUCUGCCUCAGCAGCGGCCGUGUCUCUGCCCUCUCCCCGCGCAGUGGAUGUUCUCACGCGGCCAGGACCUAUGCGCCACACGGGAGACAGAUCCACAUCACGAGAUUUGCCAAUGGAACAAGCACGGCUCCUGUGGUUAAGGAGGCUGCUCAAACUAUGUCCUUACAAUUAUGUCCCUAUAAAACUGUCCUUACAACUGUCCCUACAACACCGUCCCCACAACUCUGUCCCAACAACACUGUCCCCACAACUCUGUCCCUACAACUGUCCUUACAACUUUCCUUACAACACCGUCCCCACAACUCUGUCCCUACAACUCUGUCCCAACAACACUGUCCCUACAACUGUCCCUACAACUAUGUCCCUACAAAACUGUCCUUACAACUGUCCCUACAACACUGUCCCCACAACUCUGUCCCUACAACUCUGUCCCCACAACUCUGUCCCUACAACACUGUCCCCACAACUCUGUCCCUACAACUCUGUCCCCACAACACUGUCCCCACAACUCUGUCCCUACAACUCUGUCCCUACAACUCUGUCCCCACAACUCUGUCCCCACAACUCUGUCCCCACAACUCUGUCCCGACAACACUGUCCCUACGUCUCUGUCUGCAUUUGA